UUUUUUUAAAUAAUUUUUUUGAAAUGGGGUUAUGCUUGUAUUGAUAUAUUAUGGUUCUUUGCUUUAUUGUUUUGUUAUGGUUCUUGAUUUUUAGUUAAUGUAUUGGAGCCUUGUUAAGCAUUUGGGGCUUCUUGGUUUUAUGUUUGCUUCAUAUUGUACAACUUUUACUCAUUGUUUUUUGGAUGUUUGGUUUGAAAAAUGAUCUUUUUGAGAGAUGGGUUUAUGCUUGUUUGGUUGUACUAUGGUUCUUUGCUUUAUUGUUUGUUAUGGUUCUUGAUUUGAAGUUAAUUUAUGGAGACUUGUUAAGCAUUUGGGGCCUCUUGGUUUUUGUUUGGUUCAUAUUGUACAACUUUUACUCAUUGUUUUUUGGAUGUUUGGUUUGAAAAAUGAUCUUUUUGAGAGAUGGGUUUAUGCUUGUUUGGUUGUACUAUGGUUCUUUGCUUUAUUGUUUGUUAUGGUUCUUGAUUUGAAGUUAAUUUAUGGAGACUUGUUAAGCAUUUGGGGCCUCUUGGUUUUUGUUUGGUUCAUAUUGUACAACUUUUACUCAUUGUUUUUUUAUGUUUGGUUUAAAAAAUGAUCUUUUUGAGAUGGGUUUAUUAUGCUUGUUUGGUUAUAUUAUGGCUCUUUGCUUAAUUGUUUUGUUACGGUUUUUGAUUUUUCGUUAAUGUAUGGAGCCUUGUUAAGUCUUUGGCGUCUCUUGUUUUUAUGUUUGGUGGGAAAAAAAAUCAUUCUUUAGAUUCUUUGAGAUGGGGGUAGGGUUUCAAAUCAAACACCUAAAGUAGAAAAUGCUCAAUUAUACCCACUUCACUCUCCCAUCCAAUCUUCUCUCUUUCUCUUUUUGCACUUUCCCAUCUUCUUAAAAUCCAAAUCUUUCAUUCAUAAAAUUUUUACAUUUUACCCAUGCAGCAAUUAUAGAAUGAACUCCGAAGAUUCGCUAAAGGCCCUUUUGGCUUCUACUGGCGGUGAUACCGUUAAGCUAUUUGACCUCUCUCUGGAACCCCGUGAUCCCUGCAUUCUUAGCUACACUCCUUCCCCUGGCUUCCAAGUCAACUCCGUCAAGUGGAACCACACUAAUUUGGUGGUGGCAAGCGCUGGAGAUGACAAGAAGAUAUCAUUUUGGAGGAAAAAUGGACAGAGUUUGGGGACUGUACCAAUGGGCGGCGCUGAUGGUGCUGACAAUAUCGAGGAAUUUGUUUCAACAAUUAACUUUAGCAGCAAAGCAUCCAGAUACAUUUGUUCAGGAGGCAGUGGCCAAGUUGUACGAAUAUGGGAUUUGCAGCGGAAGCGUUGCAUCAAAUGGUUGAAAGGUCAUACUGAUACUAUCAGC